CAUACUACUAUGGAAAUUUGUAUGGAAUCUUAUCUUGAUAACAUUUGUCUCGUUAAACAAUUAGAUUUUUUUCUUUCUGUAUGUGAAAUUUUCGGAUUGAACCUUAUAGAACCUUGCAAAUGCAGAAAGAGUAAAAUAUCUGCCCCUCUUUUCUCCACAUACGAAAGAAUAAUUGAAAUAUAUGCAUGGGUCGUUGUAAUAUUUAUUUCCACCAUUUUCGUGGUCGAUAUCCCAUGCGCUAGAAUAUUUAAUGUGUUCGAAGAGCAUGCUUUUUACUCUAAACUCUUGCCGUUAACUUCUUCUUUGUACGUUGCCUUGCAAUUCAGUAUUGUGAAAAGAAAAAAGUUUAACGUCCAUAAUUCCAUACUCAAAAGUAGGUAUGAAGGUGAAGAAAAAUGCCUUGAUAAAGCUCAACCAUAUGUACUGAUUUUAUUUUCGUACACAGUCGUUAUACUCGCUUUCUUUGCCGUUUUAAUACCAUUGAUUGGUUAUCCAUACGUUAAUAUUGGAAAUAAAUACAAAAUUAGAGCCAUUACAUGUUUGGUAACUAUCGAAAUUUGGUUUAUGGUAACAUUUAUUCAUAUUGCCUCUAUGUUUACUAUAAGCACUCUCACUGCAUUAGUCGUAUCGAAAAGAUUAUCUAAAAUCUCCUCAGAAUUACAAAUAGUAAAUAAUGCGACAAAAUAUUAUCUCCAAAAUCUAAUUGAAAAAUUUAUGGAACUAUGGGAAAUUUUUCAACAAGUAAACGAAAAAUGGGAGCUUCUUUUGCCUCUCAUUUACAUACAUUUUGUAUACGAAACCUGCUUUAUUUGGUACGGAGUUCUUUUUGCUAAGACGAACCUUAUCGUUCGCCUAUUUAUGGCUAUAAUUGCGUUACAAUUAUUAAGUUUAAGCCUAUUAGUCUGUUGGGGAUUGUCAACUUUAACAUCGAUCAUAUACGACAAUUUCAUCUCUGUCGAAAAAUAUUUCUCUGCUCCUUUGACCUUAACAUACAAGUUAAAGAUCGUUUGCUUCAUGAAGAUAUUUGGAGGAUUACCCAUUGGAAUAUCCAUUGGAGGAUUUUUCUUCGUGAAAAAGAACUUCUUGAUUCGGGCAGCCAAUGGUUUUCAUUCGGUCUUCUCUACUUUAAUUGAAGUAACAGGAGUGCUUGACAAAAAUAGAUGCACUUCAAAACUGUAUGCAGCUACCCAUAGCAAUGACACAAUUAUUUAGAAGUCACGUUUCAUAGAAAAUUGGAUCAAAUAUAUAUAUUCGUGCACCCAAGGCCUUUCAGAGAAAAUGCGAGGCCCGGGGCAACUAAUAUUUUAGAGGCCCUUCACAAUUUAA